AUGAGAAUCUGUGUUUUGCAGUCAUCCUACGAAGGAUCAGGUUCCGCGCUGCAGGAUGUGGACGACAAGCCGGCCCAGCCAGGGCUCUUCACGACGGAACAUACCUUCGAAUACCGCUUCAUCCACAAAGCCACUGCUAAAGAGGAAAUCAACGCUCUAGUAGCCGAGGGCUUCGAAUUUUACUUCAACUUUAUGUGGGGAACACUGGACGACCCCGUCGCGGGCGUCCUGGAAAGCCGCUACUUCGAAUCGCUGAAUCUUCCUUCCUGUGGUAUACGCAGCUGGGAACGCUCCAUGACCAAGAACGACUUCUACAAGAAUGCCAGACGCCGGGGUGCACUGCUGGUGCUGGGGACCGAUGGCUUCCCUCUGUUUGUCAAACCGGCGAAUGGAUGCGCCAGCCAACUGAUUGAUGACCAGUCCGACUGUCAUAACCAGGAAGAGCUCGAGGGCGCUCUCCGUCGCAUUAACAUGGGAUUGUAUGACGCUCGCGUGAGACGUGCCGAGGCAAUGGGCAUUGAAGAUACAAAGCCUAUGCUGAAUCUCACGCGCGAUAGUGAUGAUGUUGUCGUUCAAGAAUACAUCGACGGGGAGGAUUAUACGUGCACCGUCGUUCAAAUGGGUGACUCCUGUAUUGCCUUGACUCCAUUCAAGGUGGUCACAAAGGAGACACCGAGGAGGGAGAAAUUUCUCACUUUCGAGUUGAAGUUCGACGACGAGACUCGCAUCGAGCUGUUGCGAAAGAAAGAGAACCCGGUUUUGUUCGGACGUCUCCAAAAAGUGGCAAUCGAGGCUUUCGUGGUCAGUGGAUGUCAAGGCAGCAACAUGGGCUGCGACGUUGAUCUUCGUGCCCGGCCUAAUGGCGACGUCCUCGCUAUUGAGGUCAACCCCCAGCCGGCCGCGUUCAUGCCUGAAGGGCCAUUCCAGGACCUUCCCAUCAUACAGUCUUCCUGGAGGAUACCCGGCGCGCAACAAGAUGUCUCGGAGAAAAUUGCUGCCACGUACAAUGGCUUAGCUUGGAAAUACGACACGAUCGAAGCCAACUCCAGCACCAUUGCCGCAGGUAUCAAAAACUUGACAGAGGCGUAUGACUUUGACGGAACCGUUUUUGAUCUCGCCUGCGGAACAGGUGUUUUUGGGCGUAUGUUGACAGAAAGCAACGCCGCGAGAGGUAGGCACUUGCUGGGCUUUGACAUAUCCUCCAAGAUGGGGGGUAUUUACCGGAGCACCGGUGUGUACGAGGCCGUUCAUAUCGAGUCCAUGGAGCAAGCUCUCCUCAACUGCGAUCGCUUCGCCGAGGGUGUCGACCAUAUAGUCUGCUUCUCAGCGAUUCACUUCCUGCGCCCUGAGAUAUUCGCAUUUGUUCUGGUCCUUUCCUUCACCCUGGCCAGGAAGUCCAUAACCAUCAGCGUCGAUGAAAUCCCAGAAGUUUACAAUGAAAAGCUCGAGGAAAUGAAUGUUGGGCACAUGCAUUCAUGGAACCACCUUGCCAGUAUACUGGCAUUCGGAGAGCCGCCCAAUUGGUGCCUGACGAAGAGUACCAGACAGUACUCUUGGACAUCGCCUACGACAGGAUGUGAUGUUUAUCCUAACUAUUUCCGAUUUGAUAGAGUCGGAGAAAGCCAAGAUCUGAUGUUCAAAGGGCCUGAGUUUCUCAAUUAA